AUGCAGUGUGAGGAGGCCACAGAGUGGCUGCUGGAGCUGCUCUCCGAUGUGCAGCUGCAGCAAUACUUCCUGAGGAUCCGCGACGAGCUCAACGUGACGCGACUCUCCCACUUCGACUACGUGAAGAACGAAGACCUGGAGAAGAUCGGCAUGGGGCGCCCGGGUCAGAGGAGGCUGUGGGAGGCGGUCAAGAGGAGAAGAGCCCUUUAUAAACGCAAGUCCUGGAUGAGCAAGGUGUUUCCGGUCAAACGACCCGACGGCGACCCCCAGCAGCCCCUCCCCCAGGGGGCGUCGCCCGGCGCGGCGCCGGCCAGCAGCGAGCCGGGCGCCUCGCUCACCUGCCUGAUCCGGGAGUCGGAGCUGCAGCUGCUGGAGCGGCUCGGCGACGGCACCUUCGGGGUGGUGCGGCGAGGAGAGUGGACCGGGCCCAACGGCCGAGUGUUGUCGGUGGCGGUGAAGUGUCUGAAGGCCGGCGUGUUGGACUCGGACGGGCUGGACGACUUCAUCAGAGAGGUGAACGCCAUGCACUCGCUGAGCCACCAGAACCUCAUCCGGCUGUACGGCAUCGUCCUCACACAGCCCAUGAAGAUGGUGGCGGAGUUGGCCCCGCUGGGUUCCCUGUUGGAUCGUCUGAGGAAGCGUCAAGGACACAUCCUCAUCUCCUCCCUGUGUACCUACGCCGUGCAGGUGGCGUGCGGCAUGGCGUACCUGGAGCAGAGGCGCUUCCUCCACAGGGACCUGGCCGCCCGCAACGUGCUGCUGUCCUCCAACGAGACCGUGAAGAUCGGAGACUUCGGCCUCAUGAGGGCGCUGCCCACACACACGGACCAGUACGUCAUGGAGGAGGGCCACAAGGUGCCCUUCCCCUGGUGCGCUCCAGAGUCUCUGAAGUCUCGUACCUUCUCUCACUCGUCCGACACCUGGAUGUUCGGGGUCACCCUGUGGGAGAUGUUCACCCACGGAGAGGAGCCGUGGCUGGGCCUCACGGGGAGCCAGAUCCUCCACAAGGUGGACGUUGAUGCCGAGAGGCUGUGCCAACCGGCCGACUGCCCCCAGGACAUCUACAACGUCAUGCUGCAGUGCUGGAGCCCCAAACCGGAGCACCGGCCCACCUUCAUCGCCCUCAGGGACUUCCUGCUGGAGACCGUGCCGACGGACAUGAAGGCGCUGCAGGACUUUGAGGAGGACGACAAGCUCCAGAUUAAAAUGAACGACGUCAUCACCAUCGUAGAGGGAAGGGCCGAGCACUACUGGUGGCGAGGUCAGAACCGGGGCACGCUGCGCGUCGGCCAGUUUCCUCGCCACGUGGUGACGGCGGUCGCCGGCCUCUCCGCCCACGACAUCAGCCGACCGCUCAAACACUCCUUCAUCCACACCGGGCACGGAGACACGGACCCCCACCGCAGCUGGGGGCACGCGGACCGCAUCGACAGUCUGUAUUUGGGGAACCCCAUGGACCCCCCCGACGUCCUCGGGAUGCAGCCGGGCAUCGCCAGGCCGACCAAACUCCCCAACCGCUCCAAGAAGCAGCCUCCUCCUCGUCCUCCGCAGCCCUCCGUCCUGCUGAAGAAGCCGUUCUACGACUCCGUGAUGGACGACUACGACGACGUGGACGUGGACGGCGCCUGCUCCUCCUCCUCCUCCUCGGGGCUGAAGCGGCUGGGCGUGUCCCUGGGGCUGAAGCUGCGGCCGUGGGAGGCGUCCGGCGUGCGCUCGGCCAAAAGCGAGGUGUCGCUCAUCGACUUCACCGACGACAGCUUCAGCUCCGCCUCGCCCUCGCCGCUCACCGAGACGCGGCGGCCGGACGAGGACACGCUGAAGGACACUCCGUCCAUCCUCGACUGGCCCCUCCCUCAGCCAGCUUACGACGCGGUCGCCACGGAGUCCGAGGACCAAUCGGAGGACCAGGAGGUGCGGUCCAUCAACAAGGAGUUCGCUGAGGAGGCCACGCCCACUGCCAGCGGCGUCGCCGCGGCGAUCAGGAGCGAGUCGCAGUCGGCUGACUUCUUCCAAGAGCUGCAGAGAGAAGUGAUGGUGAAGCUGCAGGUUCCCAUGGCAACGGGCCGCUCCCUUCCCUCCUCCCCGCUGCCCAUGCCUCUGGCUCCGCUGGGCCCCCACCGACAGAUCUACCUGCCCCCGCCCUCCCCCGUCGCCGCCGCCGCCGCGUCCUCCUUCGCCUGCUGCUUCGAGGACCGGCCGGUGCUGCCCCCCCGCAGCCCCGUGCCGCCGCUGCGCCCGUCCAAGCGCAACCCCUCCGCCGCCCGCCCGCAGCCGCGCUCCAGCUCCAUCUGCCUGGGCGACGGGGAAGACACGCCUCCUCAGAUCCCGCCCAGAGACCACGCCUUCUCUCAGCCGGGCUCGCGCUCCUCCUCGCCCCUCCCACUGGCGCCGCCGCUGUCCACCUACCCGGUGGCCCUGCCUCCGCCUCCCCUCUCCGCCUCCCCCCGCCGGGCGUCCGGACACCUGGGUGCCCUUCUGUCCUCCGACUCGUCCUCCUCCCUCGCUCAAGCCACGCCCCAUUCCUCACGGCUCGCAGCUCGCGGCUCCUCCUACUCAUCCGGCUCCAUGCUGGAUCCUCUGGCCUUUGGCGAGGGGCGUGGCCUCUCCUCGUUGGUUGACAGCUCUGUUCCCGCCCCGUUGCCAGAGCGACCAGCUUUUCUGGAAAGAUAUGGAGCAGCCAACAUGGCGGCGGUCAAACCCAUGAUUCAGCGUCCCGGUGGAGCCAAACCAAACUCCUCCUACAACAACAACAACAACGGGAGAACUGCAGCUCCCAGCAUGCAACAGGAGCAGAGCGUCACACAGGUGCACGGAGCCGUGCACGGCGUCACGCUGGAGGAGUGUCAGGCCGCUCUGCAGAGCCACGACGGGAACGUCCUGCAGGCCAUCGACCAUCUGAAGGUGGAGCAGCUGUUUCGUCUCGGCCUUCGGUCCAGAGCCGAGUGCGAGGAGCUGCUGCGGCGCUGCCGGCUGAACCUGGAACAGGCCAGCGCUCUCAUGCUGGACACAUACGGACCCCAUCGGAACAGGAAGUGACACCCGGAGGUCAAACUAAUGACCCCGUCCUGACCUCCUGACCUCCUGAUCAAGGCUCCUCAGUGAUGCUCGUUAAAGAACGGAGGCUCAUAAAGCG